AUGAAAGAAGCGCCCCUCGUCGAGGCUCAAGAUAAAGGAACUAUACAGCCCAAGAGAAAAAUGAAAGGAUUGAAGCAAUGAUCUAGAAGCAAAAAAAGUCAAGAAGAUUGAGAAAUUUGAAUUUGAGAUAAUUUGCCUUGAAGUGGAGUGCAUAUGAUUUUUAAGUGGGAGCAGCUUACAAAAGCAAGCAGAAUGGCUUGGAUAAAAUGCUUGAUGGCCUAUUAG